UCCACUCUGGUGACCCUGAGAGUAUAAAUUGGGGCUGGGCUCUGCCCCUGCAUCACAUCCAAGGCCAACAUGAAGACCGGCACCAUCUUUGUCCUGGUGGCUUUCAUCGUCAUGGGGCUGCAGGUGGUCUGUGCUCAGAGACCUUCCAGAGGACGACUGAGACCUGGACAAUGCCCAAGUCUGAAGAUAGGUGUUGUGGGGCCUUGUUUUAACCGCUGCACAAGAGAUGAUAUGUGUCCCAAGCCAAAGAAAUGCUGCCUGUUCGGGGGCAUGUGUCUUACCUGCCAAUAUCCUGUCUUCAGGAAGGCUGACUCUGAUGGCCACGUGAAAGCUGGACCUGAUAUUGAUUGAGCAAGCCUGGAGGCCAUCCCCAGAAGGUUUCUCAUAAAUCCAUGAAUUUGAUGCUUGGAAUAAACAACAAGACCUCCACAUCCAUUCCUGGCUAUUUCUUAUCCCUGGAAUUGGAGCCCUAGAAGAUGAAGCUCUAAAAUGGUGGAAUGACUGCUUUCUAUGGAGCUUGUGUCCAAAAUAAAUUAUAUGU